AUGGCGCACGGCGGCUGUGAGAAACGAGGAAUGCAAAGUUACAGCGCUUGCCAGCCUCUCUUCCCAAUGUACCAGAUCAGAGAUAUGCAACUUCAGGCGGCCGACCAUGAUCUCGAUGCAUUAACAUGUGAGGGGACCCUCGAUGAUAUACGCGAACUCCCGUCCGACGCUCGCCGCGCUGUGCUUCAAAAGUAUCUAGUAACAAGGGAGCCAAUCCUCAUGCAAGAACCCACCGGUUGGUCAAACGAAGAGAGUAUCAAGAGAUUUAUACUUCUGAGAGAGCUCCUCAAGGAGGAUAAAUGUCGACAAAGUCUUCUCCUGGAAGCCCGCAGAGUCUUUUACGAGGACAACUCAUUCAUUGUGUCGUUUGAGGACUUCUCCCGCUUCCUAGAUGACAUGUUAGGUAGUUGGGAGGACGCUGCAGCGGUCGAGACGUUAGUACGCGAUCUCAAAGUAAGGGUCAGAAGAGACGACUGCCAGUGUGGACAAUUAAUGAAGUAUAUGCGGCACACGUCGUACUUUUGCGCAAUGCCUCAACUGCGGACGAUCACAUUCGAGUGGUCCGACUCGUUGGAAGACGCCACCGGCAAUGAUGGCGACGUUACCUCCAGCGAUGAAAGCUAUUGGAACGAUGACCGUACAGAUGAUAGCGAGGAGUCGAGUGAUACCUUGAGAUGGGAGUCGUCGGAUGAUGACAGUAGUUGGAGUCUGGAUGAGGGUGUGGAAGGAUGA